CCUGCGGUACUUUCAUGGCUGGAGAGGCGGCGGUAGAUGCAGCAGCGAUGGAACCAAUUCUCUUUCUGAGAAUCAGUGAGAGGAAAGGGAGAAGAGCUGCGUUAUCUUAGGGAAACCAUCGCUUUCCCCCUUCCGCGAGUGGGUAGUGUGUGGGGUGUGUGCGGGGCCCAUGGAGAGACGCUGGUGGCGGCUGCAGUGGCAGCUGGGGCUCCGACUGAGGCUGCAGCCGACAGUAACCCGACCCCGCCGGCGUGGGGACUGAAGAGGCGCGAGGGAGAGCGGCGAGCUGCUAACAAAAGCCCUCCGCGCAGGGCCAGAUCCCGGGACGUGCGAGACCCCACAAAAGGACACGUUUCCGCUAUGGUGGACCCCAUACCUGGAGAGGAGAAGGCGGGAGCCGAGGCUGGAGGCUCCGGAGGAAACGGAGCCGCCGCGUCCGUGCCCCCUGGCGCCCAAGGAGCCGAGCAGCCCGCGGCCCCGUCGGCCUCGGCCUCCGCGACGGUGCCCCGCAAAGCUGAAGUCCCAUGCGCAACAGAAGGCGGGCGGCGGGAGCAGUCCCCGCUGCUGCACCUCGACCUCUUCAACUUCGACUGUCCGGAGGCUGAGGGCAGCCGCUACGUGCUGACCAGCCCCCGCUCGCUCGAGGCCUGCGCCCGCUGCGCCGUCAAACCAGUGGAGCUGCUGCCACGGGCCCUGGCCGACCUGGUGCGCGAGGCCCCAGGCCGCUCCAUGCGAGUGGCCACCGGCCUGUACGAGGCUUACGAGGCGGAGCGGCGCGCCAAGCUGCAGCAGUGCCGGGCCGAGCGCGAGCGCAUCGUGCGCGAGGAGAAGCGGCGCCUCUUCACGCCCUUGGGCCACGCGGCCGCCGCGGCCUCGGCCCCCAGCGCGGGCAGCAGCAGCAGCUGCAGCAGCGCCAGCCUCCCGGCCUCGCCCGCGCCGCGUGCGGCCCGCAAGGCAUCCUCCAGUCCGUCCCCGGCUCGGCCCCAGCCUCCGCCCCCGGGCUCGCGGGCUGGUAGAAAAAGCCACUCACUGGACUCACUGUCCCGCCGGCGUGAGGGCGCCCUCAGUUCUGAGUCCGGCGCGUCCUCAUCAUCCUACAGCGGGGAGAGCCUGCGGGAGCUGCGCUGGCCACCACGGGCGUCGGCCAGGAGCAGCUGCCCCGCGGGAUCCUUGUCCUCUGCCCCCAACCCUCUGGGCCGCCCCUCUGCCCUGGCCCUCGUGCCGCUCACGGCCCGCAGCUUCAGCCUGGGCGAUCUGAGCCACUCGCCGCAGACAGCUAAGCAUGUGGAGCGCAUCGUGCGCCAAGUGCGCGCCGAGCGGGGCCUGCGCGGGGUCCCGGAGCGCGACCGAAAGAUCGCGGCGCUGAUGCUGGCGCGACACCAGGAGGAGCGCCUGUUGCUGGAGCAGCGCGCCGCGGCCCACGGCCAAUGGGAGCAGCAGCGCGUGUGCGCCGAGCAGCGCCGGGAGCGCGAGGAGCGCGAGAAGCAGCGCGCCCUGGAGCAGGGCCGUCGGGCCUGGGCCGCGCAGGUGGAGGAGCGGCGCGGCCGCCGGGGUCGCGAGGAGCGCGAGGCGGCACGGCGACGACAGCAGCAAUGCGAGCUUAGCGAGGAGCGGCGCCGGGCGCUGGCCGAGCGCCAGAGCCUGCUGCGGCGGGAGCGGGCUGAGCGCGCGGCCCGGGAGGACCGGUUGCGCAAGCUGCAGCAGGAGCAGAACCUGAAGCAGCGGGAGGAAGGCCUGCAGGAAGGGCGCGAGCGGGCCGAGCAAGUCCGCCGGGAGCGCGCCCAGCGCGUGGCUUGUACCAAGCAGCGGCAGGAGGGCCAACUGCAGCGGGAGAAGCGGAAACUGAGCAGGGCCGAGCAGGCGCGCCACCGGGCGCUCCUUCAAGGCCGGGCCCGCCAGGAGCACGAGGAGCGCGAGGGCCUGCGGAGCUCCCUGGAGGCCAGCUUGGGUCGCGCGCAGGAGAACUACGAGCACUUGGUGGAGCAGCGUACCCGGGAGUUGCGGGAGCGGGCCCGGAGGGAGGAGCUGCAGGGUCGGCGGGCCAAGGAGGCGGCGGAGCGCAAAGAUCGCGAGCAUCAGGCGCACCUGGAGGCGCUGGCGCGGGCCGGCGAACGGCGGCUGCAGCACGCGACGCAGGUGGCGGAGGAGGCGGUGCAGCAGAAGGCGCGGCGCGUGGGACAGAGCCGUUUGGAGAAGGAGCGAGCCCAGCGUGCCAAAAAGGAGAAGGUGGAGAGGGACGAAGACUGCCGCCGGCGGGAGCUGCUCCAAGCCAUCGGGCGCAAGCUGGAGCGCAGCGAGCAGCUGUCACGGGAGCGGCGUAGCGCGCUGGAGAGCGCACGCUCCACAGCCCGGGCCUCCUUCCACGUGCGCGAGAAGGUGCGCGAGGAAACCAACACGCGCUCCUUCGACCGCAUGGUGCGGGAGGCCCAGCUAAACGCCAGCCUGGACCGCAAAUGACCGACACCCGGCAAGGGCCAGACUGCCACGCUCAGCCCUACGGGGCAUCCCCUUGGCCACUUUGACCAAACCUUGGGAGUCCUCCGUUGGGUCGCAGCACAUACACCUCUCGAAUUUUCCGACCAAUAAGGCAAUAAGAGGACUAACACGCCAGACCUGUCAUCUCGAAACCUUUGUUUUUAAAAACUGACUUCGUACGGAAAUGACAAAGCACAAUCUUUGACCAUAUCCACCCAUAGUGGGAGCUCCAGCACCGGCUUUUGCCAAGCUAUCUUGUGUGUCUUUUUGGUUGGAAUAGAAAAGAGCUGGGAGACAGGGGCUGGGUCGGGACUGGGGCAGGGCCCCUUGAGAGAGAGAGCGUGCAAGGAUGAUUGCCCCUUGAUGCAGCAGUCAUCCCAGGCACCUCUCAUACAUUGAUGUCAGAGACCACUGCCCUUACUCAGCUGAGGCGGCAUCUCCCUGGCUCCUCCAUCUUUUAAAAUAUGGCAAGUUUCACAAAGCUCAGAGGCCACAGAAAAGCACAGCAACUGGAAGGUGUUAGGCCAUACCCCAAGUGACCCCCCAAAAAGCUAUUGAUUUUUGUAUACUUGACUUUGAAUCUGCCACUAAGAGCAAAUUCUGGUCUUUGUCCUGAUAGAUUUCUUUUUUUCCCCUACGUUUUCUAGUUAGACAAUCACCUACAAAUAAUGAUCAAUUUGUGUCUUUUUCUCCCCUCUUAUUCUCCCAAGUGACACACACACAAAAAUCAGGUGAUUUGGUAACGCUGUUUAGCCUUAGUGGAAGCCCCCAGCGCCUGGGGGAGGUGGGUUCCUUAGGCAGCAGUGUUCCACAGGAUUAAGCGUGCUUGCAGGGUAGUUUCAGGGGAGGGUAUGAUGCCCACCUCUUGGUGUGGGGCUCACUCCUCACAGACAGCAGCCAUGCCUUAAGAAGCAGUGCUACCUUAUGUGCCUGCCCAGGCCAGUCCUGCCUAAAUCUCCAGCCCCGGAUGCAGUCCCAAGGGUUGGCCCGGGGAGUUUGGACUGUAGGAUUCCCUCUGUGAAGGAAUCAUCACAAUGGCUCUAAGGGCAAUUGACUGUGGUGGCUGAGAGCUGGAAUUGCCUCUUGGCUGUUGAGAGUUGUGCUCACUAUGGUUAGCAGUGUAUCUUCUCCUCUCCUCCCCCCUUUUAAUCCCUCCUCACCUAGGACUGAAAGUAUUUGAUCCGUCUCUCUGUGCCUCACCUUUCCCACUGGCCAGUACUCUUCUCCUGGUACCUCAAGGCCUCCCAGAUCCAAAGCACCACCUCAGUAUUAUUUGUUGGUCUUCUUUGUGCCUUUUUUGACCUGGAGUUAGGAGGCAGGAGGGCUGCUGUUGGUUUAGUUUGUUUCUGGGAAUAUGGAUUCCUAGUGUUGGAAGGAGCAGUACACCACACACAUAUGAUCAUUUAGCCUCUGGGGGAACAUGCUUGUAAGACCAGGCCGCUCCCUGGUCCAAAAAGCCCUGUUCGGUUGUCUUCAGGCAACUUAAACCCCUAGAGAGUUGUUUCCCUUCCACGAAGCCAAAAUUAGCCCCCAUACACUGACUCUGCCUUCAUCAGGAAAGAUUACUUUUUACAUUAAAUCAGAACCAGGAAAUAAAAGUUACCAAAAAAAAAAAAAAUCAGGGUAGGCAUCUAUCAUGUAUACUAGUACUCUGCUGGGCACAAUUGUCCUUAAAAUGUCUGGUAUUUACACACACACACACACACACACACACACACGUUUUGUCAUUUCCCCCAACCCUAAUCACGUGCCAACAGGUACAGGAGUAUUGCGCAGAAGGACGCUGUGCUAGGUGUUAGACUUAAGUUGUUAUGAAACCAGGAAAGGAUAUAUGCCAAGGUUUAUUUCUUGAGUGGGUGAAUUUUUCCUCAAAUUUUCUUCUUGUCAAUAACCAGGAUGUCAGUAAGCUGUAAUUAUUGGCAUUAUCUGUGAGUCGGGGGCAUUUAACUAAAAUGUUGGUGUGAUACUGGUAAUUACCUUGUGGUUCCUGAUUUGCUAGAGGGCUUUUGAAACCUUAACAGGAGGUCCUACCUAAAGCUACUUACUUCCAAAGUAGG